AUGAACAACCAGGCAAGGGCCCCUUCCCCGGCCCGGAUGUCGACCUCGGUCCGGGCUUCAACCCCAGUCAGGACCUCGACUUCGGCCCGGACCCCGAAAGCCGUCCAGAUCCUGACCCCCACCCGGACCCCGACUCCCGUCCCCACCCGGGCCUGGACCCCGACUCCCAUCCAGGCCCCGAUCUCGGCCUGGACCCCGACUCCCGUCCGGGCCCCAGCCUCAGCCUGGGCCCCCACUCCCAUCCAGACCCCGGCGCGAACCCUGGCUCCCGUCCCGACCCUGGCCCGGACCCCGACUCCCAUCCCGACCCCGGCCUCCGCCCGGACCCCCACUCCCGUCCAGACCCUGGCCUCGGCCUGGACCCCCACUCCCAUCCAGACCCCAACCCCGGUCUGGACCCGGACUCCCGUCCGGACUCUGACCCGGAUCCGGACCCCGACUCCUGCACGGAUGCUGACCCGGAUCACAGCCGCGGUCCCUGCCUCGGAAUCCUUCCCGGACUCAGUCCUGCCUUUGGAUCCACACCCAGAAUCCGCUCCGGAGGAGCCCGCUUUGUCGCCCGACAAGGAUCUUUCGCCCAAGCCGAGUGUGAAGCACUUCCCCUCCGUCGCCAGUGGAUUCGGGUCCAAGCAAGAGUCCAUUCUUGUCCACACUCCAUCGGCCACUGAUUUCCUGGGGCUCACCCUGGGCUCCACCUCGAGGGCAGACUCCUCGGCCACGAAGUUGACAGAUUCCACUCCCAAGUUUGUUCCGGUGCCCAUCCUGGGUCCCGACCCGUUUGCCCCCACCUUACCCGAGUCCACCAACACUUUCACUCCCACCAUUGAGAGCUUCCCGAUGGACAGCAAGAUCGUGAUUCGAGUGAUCUACUGCGGCCUCUGAAGCUAUGGCCUUCGGUUCAUUCUACUGAGAAAGAGUCUGGAGCAGCAAUUUCCAAAUCGACUUCUCUUUCAGGAGGAAAGAGCUGCCCAGGCUACAGGGGAGUUUGAAGUGUUUGUGGAUGGGAAACUGGUCCAUUCAAAGAAGAAAGGUGAUGGCUUUGUGGAUGAGGCCAGGCUGCAGAAAAUUAUGAGCAUUAUCGAGGAGGAGAUCAGCAAAAGGUAG